UUCGCUCGAUUCCGGGGUUGUUUUCUCACACGAGUUCGUACAUUUUGCAGCAGCUACACUUAUUCGAUAGCAGAAACCGAGUGAUUAAACUCAUAAGUUUUGUUUGUAAACGUGAUUUAGAUGAAUUCAUAUGUAAUAAUGCGCAUACUUCGCACAAGGCCGAGUUUCGCGCUGUUGAUAUGGUGAACAGAUGACGCCGCGCCACCGCUUCGUUUGCUAACUUAUUCACAAGUUUGGACUUUAUUAGGUUUUUGCCCCAAAAGUGUUAUACUAUUUAGACGAAAUAGAUGUUUGUUGAUCGUUGCUGGUGAAUGUAUUUGACCAUGCACGCCGGAUAUACACGCGCUUAAUGGUGUUGGAUGGGAGUUAAUAUUUAACUGCAGUGUUAUUAGCAACAAUGGCUUUUUAUGAGGUUUACACCCAUCCCGCUUUAAUAAGAUACAGAACACGCGUCUGCACGAGAGCGACGCUGUUUGUCUGUGUGGUGUUAUGCCUCACGUAUAUUUCUCCUCUUCUGGUGGCUUACAGAAGUCAAGGCUUCUGGCUGAAGAGCAGCACAUAUGAAGAGCAAGCAGUCAUUCAGUUCCAGUAUGACAUGAUCGUGAUCGGAGCAACAGACACAGCAGGGAGCUAUAUAGCAUGGAGCACGUUUCCCAACUUUAAUCGACUGAUGGGAGAUAAUUUACGCAUCCCAUCUGUCUCUGUCCAGGAGGAGGACAGAGACCAGGAUGGGAAAUCUGACCUCCUCACGCUCCAAAUCAACAUCCCACUCAAGCCAGAAGAACAGAUGUUCGGCAUCCAGCUCCUCCUUACCUUCUCAUACCAGCUGUUUCGAAUGUCUACGGUUGUGAUGCAGACGCUUGCCUUUGUGCAGCAUUCCUCGCCUGUCCCAGGAUCUCAGCUGUUCGUCUGCGGAGACCUGAAGCUAAACCAGCGAAGCCCUCUUCCUCACCGAGGUUUGCAUAGUAUCUACAACGUAUCGCUGAUCGAUGCAUCCAGUCCGUUUGCGAGUACAUAUGACCUGGCCAACAUCAUUAGACUCUACCAGCAGAGAAACUUGAGCGCUCACCUCUCGGGUGUCGUUCCCGUGUGGACUGUGGGCAGAGCUGCAGAUUCUCCAUUCCAGAUCAGCGCCCAGAUCAACUAUCCCGUCGAGACUAUUACCUAUCGGCCGGGCUUCUGGGAAACGAUCAAGUUUGCCUGGAUUCAGUAUGUCAGUGUCCUGCUCAUCUUUCUCUGGGUUUUCCAGCACAUUCAAACAUUCGUCUUUCAAAACCAGGUUUUACCAACCACCACAGUACCGCCGUUUAAACAGCACAGCUCCUGACAUUUUUACUGUUUUUGUGAUUUUUUAUUUAUUGUUUAAUUAUCAGGACCUUCAUUUGUUGUUGAAGACUAGUGUUUGCUAAUGCGUUUUUCUAUAUACAUAGUUUGUCUAUAUACAUAGUCUUUGUUCAGUUCAAGUGCAUUCAUAAGGAAUUCCCACCAGGAUGCUUGUGGAGUCGCUGGUUUUUCUGGUUUUAAAGUACUUCGAGUUCUGCCGCAUACUGCGCAAAAUAUUCCUUGCUGUGUUUAAAGACUGAUAGAAGAAAUACUUCAAGCCAAAACCUCAAACAAAGCAUGUGAUAAACUCAGGUUGUAUGAAAUGACCUCAAAGACCCCGUGCUGAUGUUUUCAAAUCCACAAAAAACAUGAAAAGCCCUUGAGGUGUUUUUUUUGUUUUUUUUGCAUUUCUGAUUCCUCUUGGCGCAUGAGUAACAGUUAAACGCAUAAUGCUCAUCAACAAAGUUGAAUUAUUACACUUGAUGUCUAAUCAGUGCUGUGAGUCACUUAUAUUUCACAAUAUUACUUUUGGAUAUUUAGUUAUAGUUUGGAUAUUUAAUGUUGCCGUUUGACAAUAAAUAAUGUGAUAAACA